AUGCCAACGAUUCCGUUUGCGCGACCAGUUUCUAUCUGGUGGAGUCUCUCAGUUGCGGUGUCUGUAAGCGAAGCCUACAUUGCCUGCGGUCUUCCACAAGGAUCCCCAGUCUCAGGCAUUCUUUUCAUGCUCUACAUAGCACCUCUAUUCCGUCUAGGAAACCCAAGGAACAGAUUUGGUUAUGCGGACGACGCAGCUAACCUGGCAAUCUCGACAUCUCUUGCUACUAACUGCGAAGCCUUAUCAGACUCCCUCCAAGAAGCUCUCAACUGGGGUGCUGCAGAGGGCAUUACUUUCGCACCAGAUAAAUAUGAGCUACUUCACUUCUCCCGACAUAAAGCAGACCAGGACCCAACCUGCACACCUUCAGUGAAAGCUGGAUCUAUCACAAUAUCAGAAAACACUAAACGGCUAUAUCUACGUUGGCUAGGAAUCCUCUUUGACAAAAAGCUAACGUUUAAAUGGCACGUUGGAGAAACAGCAUCUAAAGCCCUCACUGUGGCUAAUGCCCUCCGCUCUCUAGGGAAUACUGUCCGAGGAGUCAAACCUCAUUUACUACAGCAGGCUGUAUCAGCCUGUGUACUCCAUAAAGCAUACUAUGGCGCUGAAACCUGGUGGCCAGGACGUACUCGCCCUGGGCCUUCCCAGACUUCAAACCGAGUUGGAGAACAUCUUGAGAAACUCACUAAAGUAAUACGAACAGUCCUUCCAGCCUUCCGCACAACCCCAAUUCCUGUCCUUUAUCGAGAGUCUGGUUUCUCUUCAGAUAUUGAACUAGAUCGAAUGGCCCUUCUUGCAACUGUCCGCCUUCGGCGUCUUGAUCCCUAUCACCCACUUCGAAGACCCGCAGAACAGAUCGCUAGUAAUGGCCGACAAACCAGCCGUUUUGCCCGCCGUAUACUGGCCCUCCCUAAUUCCGAACAGAUAAAUCCUCUCCAAUACGCUCCCUGGCACCCUCGCGAGUCUCGCGAGAAUGCCCAAGCUCGAAUAGGAGCUCCUAUGGGACGCACUAAGGAACAGGCAGCGGCUGAUUUCGCAGACUUCCAACGCACCAUCCCCAGCUCGGAUAUUGUAAUCUUUUUAGAUGGAUCUAGGCUAGUAGACGGAUGUGCAGGGGGUGGCUAUAUUGGACUUCAAGCACACCAUCAGUUCCUCCGCUCCUCACUCUCAUAUGGACACGGGAAAGAGGUCUUCGAUGCAGAAGCAGAAGCAGCUCUAGCUGGUGCUCAAGCAGCAAUAGCGUACCCAACAGCUCAAUUUGCUACCAACCUAUGGGUCUGCCUUGACAACCUAGAAGUUGCCACACGCCUUCUAUCUCCCUCUACAGGAUCUUCUCAAGAAAUCUUUGAAUCCUUCCGCACCCUUACAGCCGCCUGGCCACUCCGCAAAAGGCUUCCUCACACCAAAAGCGGAUCUAUCCAAAUCCGAUGGGUCCCUGGACACGCCAAAAUCCCUGAGAACGAAGCGGCUGAUCUCGCUGCUAAAGAGGGAGCUGCCUCAACCCCUCCUGCUUUUCACAAAUCCUCAUACGCUUCGCUAAAGAGACACGCCAAGACUCAAUCCCUAUCCGCUGCUCAGUCACAAUGGCAGAAGGUGGCACCACAGAGUUAUCAAGAUCUAGAAAUAACUACUUCCUCUAAGCGCCCUGGGGAGCUUCAACUCAACCGACUUGACCUCGGCCGUAUUAUUGUGGCCCGUACUGGUCAUGGAGACUUUGCAGACUACCAUGAACGUUUUAACCAUGAUGAUGCUCACCUUCUCUGCCGAUGCGGAGCACGAAAAGCAUCUCUACACUUCUUCUUCUGCCAUAUAGCUAAGAGACGAGCCCCUCGGCCUCCUGGGCCCCCUUCUGAGGUCAUCUCUUUUCUCUUAGGAACUGCUAAAGGAGCACAAAAGCUAGCCUCAUGGCUAGCAGAGACCCACUUCUUUGAGGAUAUCUGUCCUCGCCAACCUCUCCUUAGCACCUAG